CUACGGGACUAUAAAAUGUGGAGUUUAUUUUAGGUCAAAGGUGACCAAGCACCGCAUCACAGUGCGAAGCUUUUCCUGUAAGGCAAAAAUUGUCAUUCGGCAUCAAUUUUCUCUUUCUUGGUGAUUUCAGAUUCUGCCCCUCUUCAACCAUUGUGUUCAACCUCUUUCUCACGCUUGUUAUUUAGAUUCAUUCUUCCUCGCGACAUCGAGGCUUCCGAUUAUGUUGCAGCGAUUCAUUGACAACGUGCUCGCCGUCGGCAAGGAAUCAGUGAAGACAUUCACAUAUGAAUCUUUGAACAAUAUUACAAGGUUGAUUAAUGGAGUUUCUGCACUUCUACUGGCCGUACUUCCUGGGAAGGCAACCAUUUUAGAGGGCAUGUAUGGCUGGGAGCUUAGGCCUACCUUUCGUGGGCCUCGACUUCCUAGAUGGAUGGAGAAUGGUGUGUCCUCAUUCAACCAAUUCAUACAUGAACUUUCUCUUGAUUCUGAUUCUUCAAGUAUAGAAUAUUCAUCUGGAGAAGAUGAUGAUGACGGAAACAUGUCUCCAGCUUCUCCUUCGUCCCAUACCUCUCGCUUUUCUCAUGCAAGCAGCUUUUCUCGAACUAGCAAACGAGUAACGUGGAUGCAACCAAUCAUGUUAUUGAUGUCCAUGAUUUUGUGUCCUUUGAAGGUUCUUUUGAGGAUUCCACUAUUGAUUUAUCAUUCGGCUGGGUUUAGGAGAGGGGGAGACACCUCCAGUAGCAUACAUAGAGACCAGUUAAUAGAUGACCCAUAUAUAAAUAAGAAACCAGCCCAUCUAAAAGACCAUAUCGUUCAGCGCACAAUGGAUAGAAGACGUGGAGUGAUUGAGGAUCUUCAUCUAGCCAUUGAAGUGCUCAUUGAAGCGAUUUUUGAUAUCUUCCACAAGGCUGCACAUUUUCUUCUUUCGCCUUCAGAAAUCUGCAGGAUACUUUUUGGGAUCUCCUCGUCUCAUGAAUUUGAUGUACCUGUUCCCAUGUCUAUCCUUGCUGAUGCUGAUCCAACUCCUACUGAAAGGCGGACUUCUUUCAGAAGAUCUUUGAAUACAGAUGCACGAACCUGCCAAGAUGUAAUUACAGAGCUUGGAUAUCCCUAUGAAGCCAUUCGUGUGGUUACAUCGGAUGGAUAUGUUCUGCUCCUUGAGAGGAUCCCCAGGCGUGAUUCACAGAAGGUUGUGUACCUUCAACAUGGAAUAUUGGAUUCCUCAAUGGGUUGGGUUUCUAAUGAUGUGGUUGGUUCCCCUGCAUUUGCAGCCUAUGAUCAAGGUUAUGAUGUCUUCCUUGGGAACCUGCGCGGACUAGUUUCAAGGGAGCAUGUUGACAAAAACAUUUCUUCACGCAUGUAUUGGAAAUACUCCAUCAAUGAGCAUGGAACCAAAGACAUACCUGCAGUUAUGGAUAAGAUACAUGAAAUCAAAAUCGCAGAACUCAAGUUAUCGUCACACCUCAAUUCAGAAGAUUUUUCUUAUGGGCAGCCGCCCUAUCAACUCGGUGUAAUCUGUCACAGCCUUGGAGGAGCAGUGAUGCUGAUGUACAUCAUCAUGCGCCGAAUAGAAGGGAAGCCCCAUAGGUUGUCAAGGAUGACUUUACUCUCCCCUGCUGGCUUUCAUGAAAACUCCAACCUAGUAUUUACCAUGGCGGAAUAUCUCAUCCUACUUCUCGGUCCAGUCAUUGCACCUUUAGUUCCAGGGCUUUAUAUACCUACCCGGUUUUUCCGCAUGCUCUUUAACAAGUUGGCGCGAGACUUUCAUAACUACCCUGCACUCGGCGGACUUGUUCAAACACUGAUGAGCUAUGUUGUUGGCGGCGAUAGUUCAGACUGGGUGGGUGUGCUUGGAUUGCCUCAUUACAACAUGGACGAUAUGCCCGGAGUGUCUCUUCGUGUCGCCAUCCACUUAGCUCAGAUAAAGCGAGCGAAGAGGUUUAUAAUGUAUGAUUAUGGAAGUGAAGCUGCCAACAUGGAGGCUUAUGGUUCACCGGAGCCCUUGGACCUUGGCCAUUAUUAUCAUCUUAUUGAUGUGCCUGUUGAUCUGGUAGCUGGAAGGAAAGAUCAAGUGAUCAGGCCAUCCAUGGUGAGGAAGCACUACAGGCUGAUGAAAAGGGAAGGUGUAGAGGUCUCAUACAAUGAGUUUGAAUACGCUCAUCUGGACUUCACAUUUUCACACAGGGAAGAGCUUCUGGCUUAUGUUAUGUCGCGUCUUUUGCUUGUCAGGCCACCACAGAAGCUGCAAGAAGAGCAAGACUGUAGAGAAGAAGAUGAAAUCAAAUCCGUGGGGUAAGCUGUAGCUGGUAUAUAUAUAAUCUCAGAUUGUCUUUGUAUAGUAGUACAUUGUUGUGAUUUUAGCAUCCGAAGAUCAUAUAGUUCACAGGGUAGAAGAGUGUUGUGGCUUCUAUUAUUUGGUCGUGGUGAUGUGGAUUGUCAAAGGGGAUAGUUUUUGCCUUCCCCGCAUCUGUAACUUUACAUAAAAUAAUAGCCUUCAAUGUAAAUUACGAAAGCUUGCUAGCAUGUUGUGUAGUUACACCUUCU